AGUUCUUUUUUUGACCACUGCGGCGCUCAGAUAGUUGUCAUAUAUUAUAGUUAGAUCUACAACACGCUGAGAGAUUCUUUAAGUCAUAGGUUAUGGUACCUAUGCUUCGGACUUCUCCACGUUUUUCUUUAUUUGACAGAAAUUAAACCUGCAAAAGCACAACCAUGCCUCCUAAAAAGUCCAUGGAAGAAACUGAUAAGUUGACUAGAAUUGCCAUAGUCAACUCAGAUAAAUGCAAACCGAAAAGAUGUAGACAAGAAUGUAAAAGAUCUUGUCCAGUUGUGAGGAUGGGUAAACUAUGUAUAGAAGUUACUUCAAACAGCAAAAUAGCUUCGAUAUCCGAAGAACUGUGCAUUGGAUGUGGUAUUUGUGUCAAAAAAUGUCCAUUUGAAGCCAUAUCAAUUAUCAAUCUUCCAAGCAAUUUGGAAAAAGAAACAACGCACAGAUAUUCGAAAAACUCUUUCAAGCUUCAUAGAUUACCCAUUCCACGUCCAGGAGAAGUCCUAGGAUUAGUAGGAACAAAUGGAAUUGGUAAAUCAACUGCAUUGAAAAUAUUGGCUGGCAAACAAAAGCCAAAUUUGGGUCGUUUUAAUGAUCCUCCUGAUUGGACGGAAAUUUUAAGUCACUUCAGGGGUAGUGAAUUACAAAACUAUUUUACGAAAAUUCUUGAAGAUGAUUUGAAAGCUUUGAUUAAGCCGCAAUAUGUGGAUCAAAUUCCUAAGGCUGUCAAAGGAACAGUUCAGCAACUUUUAGAUAAAAAAGAUGAAUGUGACAAGCAGAUGGAAAUUUGUAGAAUGCUUGAUUUAACACACAUUCGAGAUCGUGGAAUUGAAGCUUUAUCUGGAGGAGAACUACAACGAUUUGCGUGUGCAAUGGUAUGCAUUCAGGAUGGAGACAUUUUUAUGUUUGAUGAGCCAUCAUCUUAUUUAGACGUAAAACAACGCUUAAAUGCUGCCGUAACUAUACGAUCUUUGAUACAUCCCGACAAAUUUAUUAUUGUCGUAGAACACGAUUUAUCUGUCUUAGAUUAUUUGUCAGAUUUUAUAUGUUGUUUAUAUGGAGUUCCUGGAGCUUAUGGAGUCGUAACUAUGCCUUUCUCCGUACGUGAAGGUAUUAAUAUAUUCCUUGAUGGAUUUGUCCCUACGGAAAAUCUUCGUUUCCGUGAAGAAUCAUUGGUUUUUAAAGUUGCCGAGUCUGCGACUGAAGAAGAAGUCAAACGAAUGAACCAUUAUGAAUAUCCUGCCAUGACAAAAACUAUGGGAACAUUUAAACUAAAUGUUGAAAAAGGUCAAUUUACUGAUUCAGAAAUCUUAGUACUUCUUGGAGAGAAUGGUACCGGAAAAACAACAUUUAUUAGAAUGUUAGCAGGUAACCUACCCCCUGAUGAGGGGGCUGAGUGUAUACCUAUGUUACACAUCAGUUAUAAGCCGCAAAAAAUUAGUCCUAAAUCUCAAGGAAUUGUAAGACAAUUGUUACACGAAAAAAUUCGUGAUGCUUAUGUUCAUCCUCAAUUUAUUACGGAUGUAAUGAAACCUUUGAAAAUUGAUGAUAUCAUGGAUCAAGAGGUACAAAAUUUGUCUGGAGGAGAAUUGCAACGUGUUGCUAUGGCACUUUGUCUUGGAAAGCCUGCAGAUGUUUAUUUAAUUGACGAGCCUUCUGCUUAUUUGGACUCAGAACAACGUCUAGUCGCUGCUAAAGUCAUUAAACGGUUUAUUUUACACGCUAAAAAAACUGGAUUCGUUGUGGAGCACGAUUUUAUAAUGGCUACCUAUUUAGCUGAUCGUGUCAUUGUAUUCUCUGGUACACCGUCGAUAUCUACAACAGCACAUAGCCCUCAAUCAUUGUUAAAUGGAAUGAAUAGAUUUUUGGAACUACUUGGAAUCACUUUUAGAAGAGAUCCAAAUAAUUUCCGACCGCGAAUUAACAAGAGUCAAUCUGUGAAGGAUUUGGAACAGAAACGUGCUGGACAGUAUUUCUUCUUGGAGGAGUAAAAUGAAUUUAUUGAAGAAAUAAUAAUAUUCUUUUUUAAACUCGGGAAGGUAAAAUUGUAAACUUUUAUAUGAUUUUGAUUUAAAAAAUAUUUAUAACUAAAUGUCAUCAACUUAUAUUGAGAAAAUCAUGCAGGAGGAAGAAGCGAAGAAUAAAGAGGAAUAAUCAAGACA